CAAUCAUCAUCACAGGCAGUGUGUGUUAACGGAGAAGAGGAAGCACAGGUCAUCUAUUUCAGCCAGUGGAAACCAUGGCAGCUCCAUUCAAAACACUUGUGGAAGAUUAUCCCAGAUACCUCAAAUCAUUUGAGCUCUUUCUGGAGCGCUCAUCAGAGCACCAGUGCAUGCAGGACUUCAUUCAUAAUACGCUUCCCGACAUUCUGGCAAGCAUUGGUGGAGGGAGAUCCGUUUUGAAUGUAAUGGGAGUGGGGAGCGGAGCAGGUGAUAUUGAUCUAGAGAUGCUAGCUCAGCUGCACCUAAAACAUCCACAUGUCAAAGUCGACAAUGAAGUGGUGGAACCAAGUAAUGACAUGCUCUACAAGUAUAAAGCGAGAGUGUCAACAUCUCCAGAUCUUGCUCAUAUCAACUUUACAUGGAAUAAGAUGACAGCAUCUGAAUUUGAAAAACAAUGGCAAGAAAAAAAACCUGGGAAAAAGAUGGACUUCAUUCACAUGAUACAGAUGCUGUACUAUGUCAAAGAUCCAAGUGCCACUGUUUCAUUUUUCCGGAGUCUGCUGGACAAAGAUGGGAAGCUCUUAAUCAUUCUGGUGUCAGGUGAGAGUGGGUGGGGCAAAUUAUGGUCAACAUUUCGAGAGCAGCUCUGUUACACUGAGAUCAGCCAGUGUGUCACUACAGGAGAAAUAAAGAGCUUCUUAGAUUCUGAGGGCGUCCCGUACCGUAAAUAUGAGCUUCUGUCCCAGAUGGACAUCACAGAGUGCUUCACUGAAGGAGACCAGGAGGGAGAACUGCUGCUGGAUUUCCUUACUGAGGUGAAAGAGUUCAGUAAAAAUGCUCCUGAACGUUUGAAGAAAGAAGUGCUGGACUUACUGAGACAUCCUGACUGCAGUAAAGAGGUGGACGGCAGGAUCGUAUUUAAUAACAACCUUGAAGUCUUAGUCGUUGAGCCAUAGAUUAAAAUCCAUAACUUCAUAUCUCACCUUCACAAGACCUUUGCUUUCAAUGUUAGUGAUGCAGAGAUAGGGACAUUUUGGCUGAUAACUGAUAUAUAGGUCAAUAAAUACAAAUCUUUCUGAGCCUGAUUACUAAACCAACAGACAAACAAAUUGUUAACAUUAACUGUAGGAAACAUGUAGAUUAUUCAUUUUUUUUCACUGUGAAAGCUCCCACACUGGUGACAUCUUGUCUUUUUAAAACUUUUAGAAGUGUGUGUCUGCCGUAUGCAAUGUUACGGGAUGUGCAAGACACCAGUCAAGACCUUCAUAGCCAGUAACACGCAUCUGAAGGGAAUCCACUGCUUUAAAAUACAACUUUUAAUUCUCUUGAUUCUCAUUUUGGCUCACUGUGUUAAAAUAUUAAGUUCUUUGUAGUCUCCUAGACGGGGAUUAUGGAUAAGGAUUUAAAAUUAUAUAUAUAUUUUACUUACAAAUUCUACCUGAUCCAAUAUUGUAGAGCUUGGAAUCAUUUGAAAAAUGUAUAGUCAUUAAAAUGUCCACGGAGUUAACAUGACUUUCCCAGGUCUAGAGAUCACAUUUUGAAGCUACUUUGAAGCUACUAAAAACAAACAGGAAGUAGAACUGUAGAGAACAAUGCAUAGUUUAGCCUGUAUAAACAUCAAACAAAACUGUUUAAAGAAAGUGACCUUGAAACACAAACUCCAGUGCUCUAGCUAACUGCACAUGCUUUGUGAAAUUUGCCUGAGCAGCAAAGUACAGCCAGUACAUAAGUCAGUAUAUUCACUCACAGUUUAUGAACUUAUAUGACAGCCUUCAUGAUGAAAUGAUCAAUGAGAUGGAAUUGUUUCAUGGUUGUGUCGUUGUGACCUUAUACCUCAUUUAGGUUUGGAGAGAUGUUUAAUGCCUAACCAGACAUGCCAAAGGUUAUCUGUUCUCUGCAAGAUUAAAUGCACUUGAAACCACUGCUGUAUGUUUUACAUGGUUGCUAGCCAUCAUGGGCUUUGCCUUUGUAAUAGUUUACGGUGUAAACCAACAUAUGUGUAACCCAACAUGAACUUUUGAGUACUAAAACAUAACAUUAAACUGACAUGAAUGAACUUCAACACAAGUAGUUCUAUUAUCCGGCAAAUAAAUACAAAUAAAUAAA